AUGAGCGCGCUGUGGCGCCUCCCCGACGGCGUCGCCUCGCAGAUCUUGAGGAACCUGGACGGCAAAAGCCUCGUGCGCAGCGGUCGGAGUUGUCGACGGCUGCGCCAGCUCACGCACGACGGCGGCGACGCGCCGGCGCCGGCGCUGUCGCUCGCGGGCCAGACCUGGAAGGCGCUCUGCGACGCGCGCGGCUGGCGCCAGCCGGGGACGCGCACGCGCGGCUGGGUGCCCUGGAGCCGCGUCUACCGCGGCGGCGUCUGCAUCGAGUGCGCCGAGCCGGGCGGCGUGACGAUCAACGACCCGUCGAACUCGCUCGGCUUCGCGUGGGGCCGCUACGCGCUCUGCGCGCGGUGCAUCAAGCCGUCGGCGGCGCUCUGGCGGCUGAAGGACCGGCCGGAGAUCGCGGGCUCGGAGACGAAGCUCAACCACCUGCUCUUCCGUAUCGCGACGGUGCGGCGCGAGCUCGGCUACGCGCCCGCGUCGCCGGGCAAGCGGAAGCGGCGGCGCUAG